GAAUCGUGUUCCAUAAACAAGGAGAGUUCCAAUCCAAGUCUAAAGUUGGUUUACGACACUCGAAUAGAAGAUGACCCACAUAAACGUAGAAGACGUUGUCGGGCCAUGUGCCCUGACUCUGUUUUCCUCAAUUCAAAUGGCUGCUUUUGCAAAACGUGUUGGAUUGGCAAGGUCAAAGUACAAGAUACAACCACCAGCAAUUGAUGGGGAUGACAACUUUGUUCGAAUCUACAGAGCUCACCAAAAUUCUGUUGAGUUUUAUCCUUUGUUCCUUGGUGGACUGUGGACCAGCUCACUUAUGCUUCAUCAAGGUAUUUUCAUGUCAACUUUUUCAAAAUACUUUAAACUUAACACUAAAGAUUGAGCUUUCUUUGUCAAAU